GCCACCUUCCCUUUCCAUAUAAUAUCUAGUCUAUCACGAACAAGCAAGAAGAAACACCCUCUCUCUCUCUCUCUCUCUCCCCCUCCCUCUCACAAGAUGUCACUAGAGACAAGGUCUUCGCCUCUACCAUUACUGUUCCGAAGACGUUCAAGUGGUGAAAUCAAAAACUUAGCCACAGUUUCCAGUAGCCUCUUACCCGCUUUUGGUACAGUGAUUGAUGAAAGGUUGCAUCUCAAGGAAUAUGUUAUUGUUCCCUAUGAUCGUAGAUACCGUUUGUGGCAAGCGCUUCUGGUGGUGCUGGUUGUGUACUCUGCAUGGGCAUCUCCGUUCGAGCUAGCAUUCAAAGCGGCAGCAGGGGGGGCGCUCAUGUAUGUUGAUUUGGUGGUUGAUGUCUUCUUCACCAUUGACAUCAUAUUAACUUUCUUUGUGGCUUACCUCGACACGUCUUCCUAUCUCCUUGUCGAUGAUCACAAGAAGAUCGCACUAAGGUAUAUCACAAGCCUAUGGUUCGUCAUGGAUGUAGCCUCAACUCUGCCAUUUCAGUUCAUAUACAGAGUUUUCACCGGGGAAAUGCAGAAUGGUCAGGCCUUUGGUUUCCUUAACCUGCUUCGGCUCUGGCGACUUAGGCGUGUUAGUGAACUCUUCAAAAGGCUAGAGAAGGACACUAUAUUCAGCUACUUUUGGACAAGGCUCUCCAAACUAAUCUGUGUUAUCCUAUUUGUAGUGCACUCAGCAGGUUGCUUCUACUAUUGGUUGGCUGCCCACCAUAAAGUACCAGAAAACACAUGGAUUGGAGCUCAGGUCCACGAUUUUAAACACAGAAGUGUCUGGCUGGGCUACACCUAUUCGCUAUACUGGUCAAUUGUCACCCUAACUACAGUUGGCUAUGGGGAUUUGCAUGCAGUAAAUACAGGGGAGAAGACUUUUAAUAUGUUGUACAUGUUAUUCAACAUCGGCCUCACUGCCUAUGUAAUUGGGAACAUGACAAACCUUGUCGUUCACAGUGCUGUGCGAACUUUUGCCAUGAGGGAUGCCAUCAAUGAGAUGCUGCAGUAUGUGAGCAAGAACAGACUCCCAGAAAGCCUGAGAGAGCAAAUGUUGGCACACAUGCAACUCAAAUUUAAGACAGCUGAAUUACAACAAGAAGAAGUCCUGAUGGAUCUACCCAAGGCAAUAAGAUCCAGCAUUUCCCAGCAUCUUUUCCGCAACACGGUUGGAAAUGCCUACCUAUUUAAAGGGGCUACUGAAGACCUUAUUGGGCAGUUGGUGUCAGAGAUGAAAGCAGAAUAUUUUCCACCUAAGGUUGAAAUUAUCCUAAAAAAUGAGAUACCAACAGAUUUCUACAUACUAGUAUCUGGAGCAGUGGAGCUGCUGACAUACAAGAACGGGAUAGAGCAGUCUUUGUCAAAAUUGGGACCUGGAGACCUGGCAGGAGAAAUUGGGGUUCUUUUCAACAUCCCACAACCUUUCACAGUAAGAACCAAGAGGCUUUCCCAGGUUAUCCGGAUCAGUCAUCAGAACUUUAAGCAGAUUGUCCAGCCAUAUAAUGAAGAUGGAAAGAUAAUUAUCUCCAACUUCAUUCAGUACUUGAAGAACUUAAAAGAAGAUGUACGUGAAGAAAUACGCUUCCUAACAGAUUAUCUCAGUGAUCUGACUAUGGAGCAAACAGUAGCAUCAAAUGAAGAACCACAAAAUCGAGAAUCAUUAGAUUCUCACGAAGAUGGAAAUGUUGAAGGAACACCAGAGAGACCUAUCACAAAACCUAUAAGGGUGAUAAUCCAUGGGCAGCAUCCAAAGGAAAACAACAACAGCUUGGGGAUGCUCAUCCAGUUGCCCAAUUCAAAAGAAGCUCUAUUCAUAUUAGCAGGAAAAAAACUUGGCAAACAAGGAAGCACAAUUCUCAUGGAGGAUGGCUCGCAAGUGGAAGACUUGGAUGCUUUAAGAGACAAUGAUCAUCUGUUUAUCUUUUAGAAAAGCACACCAAGCACUCCUACUAAAUGUCAACCAGUGCAAUCCUUUGCCAAAACUAAGUCAUGAUUUUGAUCACAUUGUAAAAAUCUUCUUCUUUUUAUGAAUGAAGGAAAUUUUGUACUGCUAUGUCUAUGUAUAUACAUACAUGUAUUUAUAGGCAUGCCAAGAGACCUAUGAUUACAUAUCCGUGAGUUUUUAUGAAAUCAAAUCAUUAUUAUAA